AUGGGCAAGACUGGUAUUCGUGCCGCUAACAAGGUCAGCUUUGACAAGCCGGCUUCUGAGCAACCCGGGCUGCAUAACAGAUGGCACCCAGAUAUCCCCUUCGCCGGCACCAUCAAGAAUGGCGAGACGGUCAAGAUUGAAUGUGUAGACUGGACCGGCGGCCAGAUCGGCAACAACGACUCGGCCGACGACAUGCUCAAUGUCGACCUGACCAAGAUCCACUACCUCAGCGGGCCCUUUGAGGUUGAGGAGGCCCAGCCGGGGGACCUGCUGUGCGUCGAGAUCAUGGACGUCCAGCCGUUCGAGGACCAGCCGUGGGGGUUCACGGGCGUGUUCGACAAGAACAACGGCGGCGGCUUCUUGGAUGAGAUUUAUCCCACCGCCGCCAAGGCCAUCUGGGACUUUGAGGGCAUCUACUGCACCUCGCGCCACAUCCCGCACGUCAAGUUCGCGGGACUCAUCCACCCGGGCAUCCUGGGCUGCGCGCCCUCGGCCGAGGUGCUCGACACGUGGAACACGCGCGAGGGCGAGCUCAUCGCCGCCAACAAGCUCGAGCGCGACGUCGCGAAGCCGCCCGAGCCCAUCAACGUCCACGCCGGCGGGGCCGACGACGCGGUCAAGGAGAAGGUCGGAAAGGAAGGGGCCCGGACGAUUCCCGGACGGCCUGAGCAUGGCGGCAACUGCGAUAUCAAGAACCUGAGCAGGGGCAGCAAGGUCUACCUCCCGGUCCACGUCCCCGGCGCCAAGUUCAGCGUCGGCGACCUGCACUUCUCCCAGGGCGACGGAGAAAUCUCCUUUUGCGGCGCCAUCGAGAUGGCGGGCGUCAUCACCAUCAACUUCAAGGUCAUCAAGAACGGCGUCGCCGACCUGGGCCUCAAGUCGCCCAUCUACAUCCCCGGCCCCGUCGAGCCGCAGUUCGGCCCCGGCCGGCACAUCUACUUUGAGGGCUUCUCUGUCGACGAGCACGGCAAGCAACAUUACAUGGACGUCACUGUGGCGUACAGACAAACCAGUCUCCGCGUCAUCGAGUACCUCCGCCGCUUCGGCUACAGCGACUACCAGGCCUACCUCCUCAUGUCGUGCGCCCCGAUCCAGGGCCACGUCGCCGGCAUCGUCGACAUCCCCAACGCGUGCACGACCAUUGGCCUGCCGAUGGACAUUUUCGACUUUGACAUCUCGCCCGCCCUCGGCAAGGUCGAGAAGCGCGACAUGGGCAGCUGCGCGUUCGCGACGGGCGUCACCGAGGGUAAGAUCGAGUCGGGCGGGGAGAAUAGCGAACACAGCUUUGGUGGCGGGUUGACGUACAAGAAGAGCUCGUAG